AUGAUCACGGCAAAGCUGACCCAUAAUGCGGCACAAAGGAUCAACGCUUUUGAGAUCUCUCGAGUCCAGGCACUCUUAAAGGCAGUUAAAGACAACUUCAAACCAGAAGGCACUGGCACUUACGUGAACCUCCAGCGACAAUACAUGUCCCUCACAAGAGAGAGAUGUGGAAGUGCUCAAGCCCUCGGAGCCGAGAUCAGAAAGAUCCAUGCUGAGAAACUUCUCCUUGACUCUGACUGCGUGAGCUCCGAGAUUGAGCGAACAUUCUUUUUCGUUCACGCAUUAGGUCCUGAGUAUGAAAGUUUCCGCGAUCAUAUAUUUCGGCAAAUGGACCUUGUUAACGAAAGAGAUGCCAAUUGUAACAUCACAAAAGCGGCACCCACGUUCGACUAUAUCGAGAACAAGGCAAUUGAGGAAGAGCAUAGGAAGGGGCAAUUGAGCAAAAAACCAACAGAGGCGCAAGCGCUUCCUGCUCUCGCUAUAAUCCGAGGACCAGGUGACAAGAAAGUCAUACCGUCAUCCGACGGAACGACAUGUCGAAUCGAGAUCGAUAACGUCCCAUAUUGCUCCCUUUGCCGGAAACCUUAUCAUGUGGACUCUGAGUGCUUCAGCAAGAACCCCAGAGCGAGGGAUCCAAAGAAAGACGGAAAGAGUCACAAGUCAAAGCCAGGCAAUUCACAUACAGGCGCACGCAAGCCGUUGAAGCGGCGGCCCACCUCGGAUGACGAAGAUGAUGAUGUCGGUGGCCCAAGGGAUCCGAAGAAGCCCACCUUCAUGGCGACAAUGGACUCCGGGGAAGAUGUUAACAAAGCAUUUGGAAAGGACGUUGAAGGCAACUUCGCCCUAUUCGACCACAUCCCCGCAUUGAUGGCUACAAAAACCCUAUCGAUCCGUGACGCAUGGAUCGUCGAUAGUGGAUGUGCUCAGCACGUGUGCAAUAACGCCUGGAGAUUUGUAAAGAUGGACAAGUACCAUGGACCACCACUGAGAAGCGUCGAUACCUCCACGACUCCCUCGGGAGUGGGGACAGUCAAUGUUCUGUGCAAUGUACGAGGCAGAAGGAAAUGGCUUGUGCUUGACAGUGUCCUCUACGUCCCAUCUGCACAUGCAAACCUCAUAUCGGUGCUCCAGCUUCUCAAACGAGGAGCAAAAGUCGAAUUCUCAAGCCAAAGUGCUAGUAUUCGCAACAAGUCAAACGGAAACAAUCUGUACACUGCCAGCCAAUAUAAUGGAAUCUACGCACUUGAUCUAUGGACGAAUCUCACCUUUCCCUCCUACCAUGUCGGUCCACAAAUGGCUCUUUGGCAUAAUCGGCUGGCUCACCUAAGCGAUGCGAACCUACAUCGGCUUAAGAAGCAGGCCUUCGGCAUCCGGGACAUGGAGCCACGUCAACCAUGUAACCCAUGCCUCCAGGAAAGAAUGAUUGAAAAGCCCCACAACCGCUCGGGACGAAGCAGACGAGGGGAACAUGCAAUGGAACUUCUCCAUAUUGAUGUCGCAGGGCCAUUUGACGAGGGCCUUGACGGCAGUCGCUAUUGGCUCACCCUCGUUGACGACUUCACGAGAUGGAUAGAGAUUAUCACUAUACCACGACGACAAGAAUUUGUCAUAGAGUCACUACGUUUCUUCCUCGAUCAUAACGAACGCCCUGAAAGGAAGUGCAGACGAAUACGCCUCGACCGGAUCCCUGAGCAAGUGGGAGAAGAGAUGAAAUUCAUACUGUUCUCACGGGCAAUCCAUGCUGAGGUCACAGGGGUUGAUCAACACCAGCAGAAUGGGGUUGCCGAGAGAGCCCAUAAGACAAUUUAUGAUCGGGUUGGACCCACGCUAGCAUAUGCGAGACUACCACCUAAAUUCUGGCCAGAAAUUGCUCGAACGGCAGCCUUCCUCUCCAACCGGUCGCCGUCAUCAAAGCUCAACAUGACUCCGUAUCAAGCCUGGUACGGUGACAAGCCGGACCUAUCUCGACUCAGAGUGAUCGGAUCUAAAGGGGAAUACUUGAUCCCACCCAGGCAGAGGAAGAAGCUCACAGAGCCAAGAACCAGGCCAUGCAUUCUACUGGGCUAUGAGGUAAAUACCAACUACCGUAUCCUGCUGGAAGACGGAAGAAUCGUUGGGACCCCAAACGCUGAAUUUCACGAAGUCCUUACAGCUCCUUCCACACAGACUAUAGAAGAUGUAGGAGCCAGACGAGACGGCUCACCUGUGGCAACGGCUGCUGCCGCAGGGGGGAGUAAGACGGUAGGACUAAUAAAUCAACCGUCGGUAGGCAUACGGCAAGCAUCCGUGCCCGCCUCUGGGCGCCAGUUGUCGAUGGCACCACCAGAGCGAGCCCUACCUAAGUCGAGGAAAGAUAUCUCGCACAUACUGCCUCGAUCGAGUAACGAUAACUCGCGAGUGCUAACCCAGUCGAGUGACGAGAACUCGCAGACACCAGCGUCGUUUCAAUCGAGUGACGAUGACUCGCAGCCAUCUGUUGCUGUACAGGGAGACAGGACCUUGUCGCCUACACGGAGUGAUGAUACCUCUGGAUCAUUUGUAGAUGAUUUACAAGACAUCAUCCAAAGGAAUGACUCACCACCCGGCGGCGACCAGCAACAAGACGACGCUCAACAAGGUCUAGUUUCAGGAGAAUGGCAACGAUCUCCAGAUCUCCAGAUUGACCGCCCAGUUCAUGAAGUGCGACAAGAAGCACUGGAACACCACCCUGAACUCAGAAUUCGCGCUCCGCACGUCACACUAAACACAUUUAGUGACAGCGAAGAAGAGCUUGCGUUAAUGAAUAUACCUGAAGAGAAUGUCAUCCCAACAUUCUUAACAGUAGCCGCAAUGGAAACAGAACCUUUUGAGCCAAAGACUCUGCAUCAAGCGAAGAAUGAUGCAAGCUGGCUCGAAUGGGAAAGAGCAAUGCUUGAUGAAGUCAACUCGCUCAAUCAAAACAAGACGUGGGAGCUUGUUGAUCCUCCCAAAGAUCGGCGGAUUCUCAGUGGGAAAUGGGUCUACAAACUCAAACGAGGACCGCAGGGCGAAGUCAUCCGUUACAAAAGCCGAUGGGUAGUGAGAGGCUUUACACAAGAAGAGGGUAUCGACUAUGACGAAACGUUUGCCUCAGUUGUCAAGCCAAUGAGCUACAAAGCUCUACUCGCAAUCGCGGCGGCCCUAGAUCUAGAGAUCGAGCAAAUGGAUGUCAAAACGGCAUUCCUGUACGGGUACAUUGACCACGAUAUCUAUGUCGAACAACCUCACCACAUGACCGACGGCACAUCCAGGGUCUGCAAACUUCGAAAGGCACUCUAUGGCCUAAAACAAGCUCCUCGAAUCUGGUACCAGACCCUUACAAAUUUCCUACGAAAUCUCGGCUUCGAGCCAAUCAGUGCUGAUCUUGGGGUCUUCGUUCGGAGCAAUAUGUACAUCGCGGUGUACGUCGAUGACCUCCUGAUUGUGGGGCCAAGCAUUGCAGAAAUAAAGAAGAUCAAGCGGAGCCUCAGAAACCGUUUUCAAAUGACAGAUCUAGGACCAUGCAGCUACUAUCUUGGGAUGUCUGUCCAGCGAGACUGUCAAAACAGGAUACUGCACCUAAGUCAAAAAGCGUAUAUUGACAAGGUCGCUCACCAGCUCGGAAUCAGCAACGGCGCUCCCGUCAGCACGCCGAUAGAAACCUCACCACUUCCAGAGAAUAAUCCAGGAUACAGCUGUCCUCCAGAUCAAAGAAUCAUAUACCAACGCAUUGUCGGAUCUCUGAUGUACAUUAUGCUUGGCACUAGGGGGGACGUCGCGUAUGCCGUCUCUAUGGCAAGCAGACAUCUAGCGAAUCCUGAGCCACAACACAUGAAACUCGCUCGACGCAUCCUGCGGUAUCUCAACGGCACAAAAGGCCUCAGGCCCACGUACAAAGGUCAGCCCCAGAUGCUGAAAGGCUUCACAGACGCAGACUGGGGUGGAUGUCGCGACACUAGACGUUCAACAGCUGGAUACCUUUUCAAUAUCGGGAGUGGAGCAAUCAGUUGGCAAUCGAAGCGCCAAAGCGUCGUUGCCCUCUCGACCUGUGAAGCUGAAUUCCUAGGCCAGAUACAAGCAACCAAAGAAGCAAUCCGGUUGAGAAGACUUCUCAAUGAGUUAAACAUGAGCCAAGGAAAAACCGCAACGAUCAAUUUUGGUGACAACCAAGGAGCCAUCGCCCUGUCCUCGAACCCGCAAUACCAUUCCCGCACGAAGCAUAUGGAAAUUCAACGCAAGUGGCAAGGAGAGGUUCAAGACCUUGGAACAGUGGAGCUGAAAUACAUUCCAACUACCGAGCAAAUUGCUGAUGGGUUCACGAAGCCUCUUGCGCGAGAGCGAUUUGAAUGGUUUCGGAGGGGGCUUGGCAUUGAGUGA